CACAUAACCUCACUUUUUUUUUGUCAGAAUUAUAACCUCAAAAUGAUGCAUUUUACACUUUUACGGUGUAGACCGUACGCAACCAAAGCUAUACGCGCAGCAUUUAGCACCAAACGCGGUGACACUUCUACGAGCAGCAGCAGUAGCGACAGCGACGAUGAUCGAAAACUGAAACGUCAGGAGCGCAGUGAAGCUGCACGUCAGAAACUGCAUUUACUACUUGAAAACAUGCUUGAGAACGACACAACUACCAAGGAGAAAGGUAGCGACUUACCUUUGACCAAAGCCAGAGACCAUCGAAGAAUUGCGAAAGAAAGAAGGGAGGAGGAGUCCGUGAAAACUGAGACAGUCGAGAAGAAGAUCGUAAAAGCCGUACAGGAUGUCUCGGUCUCGUUAGGAGGAGAUGUAAAGAAAACCGAGUCGGAACUUUUGCAAAAGCUGCUUGGAGGUCCGGCAAAGGAGGACAGUCAGCAGCCGACGGUUACAGAUUUGAACGAGCUCUUCAAAGACAUGAAAAUAGACAGGGAAACAAAGACGGACGUCGAAAUUUCGCGAGCCGAACAAGUCCGACAGCUGCUACAGAUGGUCAAACCGCAACCCGCACAAACCCCGCAAACUGCCCCGAGGAGACGACCGCAGGUGUCUAGCAGUGUCGACAUACCGCAAGAACCUGUCAAUUUGCACGUAGAAGAAUGCCUGGGAAUAUUCAACGGGGAGGAGGUUAAAAAUUGGGAAGAACCCGAGCUGAACCCAACGUGGCGGGCACUGCAUCGGCGCGAGCUCGAGCUCUCCGUGACGCAUCCGCCCGAAAACUACUUCCAACAGAUGAUCCUCUGGACGAAGCAGGGCAAAGUUUGGAAGUUCCCAAUCGACAACGAGCAAGAUUUGGAAACGGAGAAGGACGUUUAUUUCACCGAGCACAUUUUCCUAGAGAAGCACUUGGAGGGGUGGUGCCCGCCGAGGGGUCCCAUUCGACACUUCAUGGAGUUGGUCUGCGUGGGUCUGUCGAAGAACGCGUAUCAGACGGCGGAAAUGAAGAGGGAUCACAUUUUGUGGUUUAGAGAUUACUUCAAGGAGAAGAAUCAGCUUCUGGUAGAAGUUGGGGCUUUUCCUCCGGGGUUUGAGAUCGGAAAGGGUGGUUUAAAGGUAGAGGCUAAGUAAAUGUAAUUAUACCAAAUAAAAGUUAAUGAGAAAUA